AUGGCUACCUCAUGUUUUGCUCCUCUCGAUCUCGUGGGCUACUUCGGAUACAGCAUCUUCGGCCAGUACGCCCAGCAGGUGAUCCCAACUCGUCAGACGAGCGCUUGCCAGCAGCUGGUGAACGCAUUCGGAGACAAGACAUCACUGCUAGAUAGCUCAAAGUGUUCUCUUGUACGACAAGAAAACUGGUCCGACGCAUGCCAGUUAUCCCCCGAUUGCAUCUUCGAGCCCACAACAGCAGAAGAAGUUUCAGGCGCCCUACGAAUUCUCGUAUCGACAAGCACCAACUUCGCUGUGCGUAGCGGCGGUCACAUGCCCGUCCCCAAAGCCUCCAAUAUUGACGGCGGUGUCCUUCUUUCACUCAGUCAACUAAAGACACUGGAACUCUCGGAAGAUAAAUCGAUUGCUUCAGUUGGGUCUGGGCAUCGGUGGGGUGAUGUCUACGACUGGCUUUCUUCCUACAAUCUAUGUGUUUCCGGUGGUCGAUAUGAUCCAGUCGGAGUUCCCGGAUUUCUCCUCGGAGGCGGUAUCACAUUCUUUGGAUCCAAGUAUGGAUGGGCGGCCAACAUGAUUGCCAAUAUGGAGGUUGUUCUGGCCAACGGCACAAUUGUCAACGCGAAUGCUACCAUCAAUACAGAUCUCUUCUGGGCCCUGAAAGGAGGAUCUAGUAACUAUGGUAUCGUCACCAGAUUCGAUCUCAAGACCUUUCCCGACACUCCUGUGUAUGGGGGUACUAGUCUGUUUCUGCCCAAUCAUCUAGAUGACUUUGUUCAUGCUAUUGCUGCAUACUCGACUGUUGGAGGCGGUUCCGACGAUGUGGAUGCAUCAUACAAUCCAUCCGUUCAAGUGAACCUCGCUACCAACCAGCUCACCUUGCUCUCUUACUCAAGCCAUCUUGGUACCGAUCCAGAUCCGGCAGCUUUCGCCAACUUCACCAAGAUACCCCUCAUCUGGACGAAUAGCAGUGUUCGAGCGGACUUUUUUAGUCUCGUGGAGGAUACAACCAUGGAGGCUUACCAUGACCGUUCACAUAGGCAACUUUUCUGGGCGACCUCCCUGAAGGCUAGUCCCGAAUCUGUGUACUUGACCAACGAGACAUUCUUCGAGACCAUUGAUAGCAUGCCAGAACUUCGCCAUGCAGCUGGGUUGAGCUUGACAACUACUCCUCAGAUGCUGACGCGGUCGUGGAUCGAUGCAGCAAAGGCCUCUGGCGGAGAUCCCAUGGACAUUGAUUCAGAAGGUGGAAUCAUAGUACAUCUCAUUACCUCUCUUUGGAAAGAGGCUGUCGAUGAUGACCUGGUUUACGAAUUCAGCAAGCGCUGCACCGCAGCUAUCGAUCGAAAGGCCAAGGCCAAAGGCUUGCAUUAUCCUUUUAUGUACCUCAACAACGCUGGCCUUGGACAGAACCCAUUCCAGGUAUAUGGCCAAGGCAAAUCGCUCCCCAAGAUGAAGAAGAUCCGGGAGGUAUAUGAUCCAAAGGGCAUAUUCCAGGAUCUGAUGCCUGGUGGAUUCAAGGUUGGCUACUAA